CAGCAGAACACACAACAACAAGGAUCGUUGUGCUUCGCUGGUGCGUGUGCGUGUGCGUGUGUGUGCACUUUCUUUGAGCAGCUUUUGUAUUUCAACCAACCAACCCACCCAGUCAUCGAGGAGAGGGGGAACUUGUGUUCUUCGCAGAACCGCGUCGAUCGACAAUGAAUCCACUGGUGGGGGAGGAGUGGAUGAGGGAGCGUGGGGUGGUCUUCGACAACUUCUACACCCGGGAUCCAACCUCAGCAAACUUUGGGUCGACACAACAAGUCCAGGUUCAGGAGCUUGCGCAGCUCAGCCUUUCCGCGUCACCGCGCGAACAGGAGAGGGCGGCAGGGCCUCUGCUUGCUGCUGUGCUUCGCAUCGUCAAAAAGUCGGAUUUCACACGCGAUGUCGUCCGCGUCAUCAUGCACCUCAUCACCCACCGCUCGCCUGAUGUGGUGCACAUUGUGCUGGGCACGCUGCAGCAGGGCAUCCCCGUCCUCAACGCCCGCCGCUUGUACACACACCCGGCACGCGGCGUCAUCACCAACAUGUGCCUCAACAUGACCACCCACCCCGUGGCCAUGGUGCGCCGAAGCGCAUACGAGUUUGCCACCACAUUCUUCACCUGGCCCUUUGUCACCCCGGGCGAAAAGGCCUUUGCACUGCAACGGCUGUGCAUUGGGAUGGACGUGACCUCCAUCGACAACGACGGCCGCCUCGCGUUUGCAAAGAUGCUGCUGCUUGGGUGCGAGCAUGCGGUGCCGUGGUCUGUGGAGCACGUGCUGACAGCUGUUGGGCGCCUGUGCGACGACCCGUUCUUCUCUGUGCGCAAGCUCAUGGCCAACGCCCUGGUAAAGGUGGCCGCCCUUGCAGCAGGCGACGAGGCAAUCAUCGCAGACGUCGUGAGCAUGUACAAGCUUCUUGCCACAGACACGGUCCUCACCGUUCGUAAGGCUGCCGCCGAGCAUCUUGGCGCGCUGGCGCAGGUGGUGCCGCCUGGCGCAGGCAAGGACGAUCUUGUUGCUGUCUUCCACGUGUUAACGGCGCCGGACGAGGAGCGGUGGGUGCGCAGCGCCGCCCUGGGCUCCCUGGGCCUCCUCAUUGCCUCCUUUGUCGACCCGCCGCCGACCCAGGGCCUGGGCGAGCUCGAUACAGAGUACUGGCUGCCCCAGUUUGUGCUGCAGCCGCCAGCCAGCAGCAGCGGCGGGGCGCGCCCGGGCGUUGGCGGCGUUGGCAGCGGCGGCCAGACGUGGGGUGGGGAGAGCACGAUGGCCGCAUACGAGCACCUCCUGCUGACGAAGGAGGAGCGGACCAAGACGGCGCCCGCGCUCGGCAAGGUUGCAGCACGCGGCCAGCACACAGCCUCCGCCACCACCACCACCAGCAGCAUUGGUGGUGGCAGCCGUGGCGGCCGUGGUGGUGGGUCUGUGCGGAGCGUGAUUGGCGGGAAGCCGCCAGCGACGGCGGGGCAGGCCGUGGCGGGGACGGUGGUGGAUGUGGCGCGGGUUGUUGGGCGGAAGGAGGCGGCGCAGCUGGAGGCGUUUGCGCUGGUGCCCGGUAACGACCAGUACGAGAAGUACCUGCGAGAGCUGGAGCAGGUGGAGAGGCAGGAGCAGGCAGCGGAGGAGGAGAGGAGGAGGCAGCAGCAGCGGGAGGAGGGGAAGGACGGGGAGGAGGAGCAACAGAAGAAGAAGAAGAAGCAACAGCAGGAGCAGCAGCAGCAGCAACACCAACCACAACCACAACAACGACAGGACCAACAGGGGCAGGGGAAACAAGGCGGAGGCAAGGGCAAGCAGGGCGGUGGCGGCGACCUUGCUGCUGCCCUCGCCAAAGCCGCCCUAUCAUCACCAAAGGGCAACGCCCGGGCAGCAGCUGACAGCACAACAGCGCCAGCCUCGUCAGCAACACCAGACGCAACACCAGGCGCAACACCAUCGACCACCGGCACGAGCACGGCAGCAAACGUGAGCGGGCCUGUGUUUGAGACGGGCCUGGUGAUGGGCGGCGAUGCCAUGCCAUUUGACGACGACGACGACGGCGAUGAUGACUUUGGUGGCCCGAUUCUCGGCGGGAGCGAGAUGGUCAUGCCGCCCGAUGAUGGUGGCGACGACGCGCACAGCCACGCAGCGACAAAGCCACCCGCAGCACCGAUGGCGGUGGCGGCGGGCAACAAAGUGAGCAGCAGUGAGCAAGCAGCACAGUCAGCCGCCAAACCCAACAUGAGCAGCAGCAACAGCAGCAACACCAACACCAACACCAACACCAGCAACACCAGCGCCACGCCAGGAGCAACGGCAGCAAAAGAGAGCGGCGGCAGCAGUAGUGGGGGCAAGGACGAUGAGGACGUGCCUGUGAUGCACGAUGAGGCAGAGGACAAGCUGCUGAGGGGCGCGGAUGCGGCGGCGCCACCGCAGCAGCAGUUGGGGGCGGCAGAGGAGCUGGUGCGGGAGUUUCGGCAGGACCUGGCCAUGCAGCAGCAGCUCAUGCGCAAGCAAAACGCAUUCCACGACCACCACGUGCCGGCCCCGCUCACCAGACCCAGAUCACACACCCAGCAGCCGUGUGCUGUGCCUGACGAUCUGCUGACGGCGUACUGCGCCAUGGCGGACGAGGAAGCGAACAUCCUGCACCCGGAGCUGGGCACGCUGUGCGCCUUUAGCGUGGCGGCGGUGGCCUGGGCGCUUGGCGAGGACCACUUUGGCCGCAUCGCCGACACCGUUGCCGCUCUCCAGCAGUCGCACGACUGGAGCGUGAGGAGCACGCUGGCUGCGUGCAUCCACGACAUUGCGCGGAUCGUUGGGCGCGACGCAGCGCAGGAGCACCUCUUCCCGCUCUACGACGAGCUCAUGCAGGACUGGACACAGGUCCGGGAUGCGCUUGUGCCGCACCUCGUGCACUUUUUUGGCGUUCUCUCGGUCGAGCACCGCACCCGCCUCCUCCCGCUGAUUCCAGACCUCAUCGAGUCUGACGAGGUGAGCCAGUGGCGGAGCCGGUGCGUGCUUGCAGACCAGCUGGUGUACCUGACGCAGAUGUUUCCCUCGAGCGCCGUGGCGCGCUACUUUGUGCCGAUUGUGCACCGCUUCAUCCACGACCGCGUGUACGCCGUCCGCGUCGCAGCAACCCGCCCCGCUGGUGUUGUUGCGUGGCGGUUCAAGACGGACGGGAAGAAGCCUGAGCUGGCGAGCUUCCUCGCUGCUGUUCGCGACCGCUUGCUCGGCAGCAGCAGCAAUACCAACAGCAGUCGGAAGCAAGGCGCCAAGUCGCCUGCACGGAACCUGGCCAAGCGUGCAGACAUUAACCGAAACACCCGAUAUGCAGAGCGCAUCGUGUUUAUCGAGUUUUUCAGCCAGGUGGCGUGCCACUGCCAGCACGAGGACAUGCUGCCCAUCUUCCCCCACCUCCGCCCUCUGCUGAGCGAUCCUGUGGCGAAUGUGCGGAUGCGGGCGGUGCACGCUGUGCACGAGCUGACGGUGCUGCACCACACCAUCUCGUGGCCGCGCGCCGCAACAGCGGAGAUGUGGGCCGUGAUUGAGCAACUGCAGAACGACGACGACUCUGACGUGCGCGCGGCGGCAGUGGACGCCGUUGCGCAGAAGGAGCAGUACGAGAAGGUCUUCUGACGCUGCUGUGUGUGGCCCUGAUGGAUGUGGCUGUUGAGGUUUCAUCUGCCUGCUCGCCGCACCACUGCCAUUGUGUGCUAUUGAGCUCAGUGCUGGCUGGCAUAACCACCAGCAUAGGAAUUGCGUGCGUGUGCGUGUGUGUGCACGCGUGCGUGUGCGUGUGCGCGCGCGUGUGUGUAUGCGUGUACCUUCGUGUGCAGAUGUGUCCCGUCGCUAUGUCAUUCGCCGCGCCUACUUGGUGUUGCUUCUUGUUCCUUGCGUGUGUUUGUGUAUGUGUGUGUGUCUCGCUCUCUCUCUCUCUCUCUCUCUGUCUUCCCAUGUUGGUUGUGUAUGCGAACCGGGUAGUAGUCGUAGUUGUAGAAGUACAAGGCAACUCUAGAC